UCAAAGGAUCUAUGGCUAUACCCACCGGCAUUGAUCUCCAAAUACCACAGAAUGCCACAGCAAUGCUAUGUCCUUACGAUCCAGCAGCAACUUACGUAGUGAACCUAAUGACUCUCAGCCCGGAACAACGAGUGCAA